CCCAGCCCAGCCCUGCUCGGCCCCGCGUUCCUGCUGCCCCAAAUUACACAGCGGGGCCGGGCGGUCCCGGCCCUGCCCAGCUCCGAGGGGCCGGGCCCGCACCCGCUGCAGGCAAAAACGGCAUCGUAAUGGUCAGUUGGAGCUGGCACCGGGAACUGGGACCGGGAUCCCGGCUGCGAGGGUGGGGACAAUGGGCAGAGAGGGAUGAGGAUCCUGGCUGAGGGGAAAUGGAAAUACUGGGCAGGGGUGGAUGAGGACUCUAAGCAAUGAAGGGUGGGAACCGUGGGCAGGGUGGGAUGCAGGUCCAAGGCAAGGAGGGAUGGAGACUGGGCAAAGCAGAUGGGGAUCCUGGCUAGGGAAGGGGCUCUUGGAUGAGUGGCAGCGGGGACUCUGGACAAGGAGAUUGAGCCCAACACCGGCAUUACUGUGCGCACGAGGGGAAGCUCAGCCCCAUCCCCACCUGGGCUGCAGGAGCGGGGCUGGAUGCUGCUGGAACUCCUCCAGGCUGCCUUUCCCCCUUCCCCUCUAAGAUUUCAUCACUGAGCACUUAAGGCUGGGAAAAGCUGCCCCAGCAGCUGCUGGGAGCCGCCAGGGCAGCCAGACGGACGGAGCCUUUAUUUUGGGGAGCCGCGACGUCGGCAGCGACGCCGGAGAAACCCCAGAGGCGCCAGCUCCCCUCCGACAGAGGGGACAGAAUCCCUCCCCCCACCCUGCGGGGGUCACGGUCCCCAGGCGCUGGCCAUGGCUUUUUGGGGGGUCUGGCAGGUCCCCAGAGAGGAGCAGAGGAAAAUAGCAACAGGAUGAGGUCAUGCAGCGGCUGCAGCCUCUUGAGCAACCUCAGGUCAGGCCGAGGGGACCAGGGCAGGGGGAGACAGAGCUGGAGGUAGCUCAAGAGAUGCUCCCAGACUCCCAAACUGCAGACCAGGACCCAUGGAACUGAGCAGCUGCUGUGUUUGUCUGGGGAACAGGAACACCAAGGCAGAGGUGCCCAGGCCAGAACAUUUUCAGGCUGGGAUUUUAGGAAAUGUUCUCCUGGAAUUAAGGGGAUGGUCCCAAGCUGUGUUUGCACCCCAAUAAUGCCAGGGUACUGAGCCCACAUCCCUCACUGUCCCUCUUGCACCCUCGGAUGGGUUUUACCCCACCUUCGUGGAUAAAAACAACAUUAAAAACAACCCCUUGUGUGAUCCCCAACCCCACUUGUGCCCCAAAAUGUGGCCCCGUCUGAGGUUGAUGAUGGGGAGCACCAUGGCUCCUUUGCUGAUGGGAUAAGCCAGGAAACACCCCCAGCCCCAACCCCAGCUGGAGUUCAUCUGGGAGGGGGCUGGGGGCUGCCUGCCUUCCCCUGGCCUCCCACACCCCCUCCCCAUCCCGGCCUAAUGAGAACAAGCUGGUCCCGGGCUGCAACGCAGGGGGAGGAGAAGAAGGAGGAGGAGGAGAAGAGGGAGAAGGAGGAGGCUCCAUCCCAGCAGGCUGCAGAAAGGGGCUUGAGGUGCGUAGGACAGAUCCCGUCUUCCCGGCUCCCUCCCGCCGGCUGCGGGCGAGGUGAGGAUCCCACUGGAUGUGCCAAGCUGCUCCCCAGUUUUUGGGUGGCUCUGGAGCCGGGGGUGCUGUGGUGAGAGCUGAGCAUGGUCCCCAUGGCGGGACACGGGAUGGAGUCAGCCACAUGGCUGCAUUCCCAGGCAGGGAUCGGAGCAUGCUGCCUCUGGACAACACCAAAAUUGUGAAUUUCUGGAGCGGUUGGGAAGUGGAGUUGGGAACGAACUGUGAGUCUGGGGGUGGGCGAGGAUGGGGCUGAAAUGGGACUGGGAUGGAGGGCUGGCAAUGCCCGUGGUGCUAUGCCCUGCUCUUGGCACUGCUUUGGGCUUUGCUCAGCCCCUCCAUGGCUGCGGCUGCUCCUCAGCUCCGAUGGCUGCCGGGGAAUUGAUGCCGUCCCCAUCCCGGGACUCUUUUCCCGCCGAGGGGCCCCUGUCUGGGGUGAAGAGGAGGAUGAAGGGGCUCAUCCCAGCCCCUCAAACCCUUCAUUCUCCCGGUGCUGGUCAGUGCUGUGACCCCAGAGCCGCAGCAGUACUGGGGAGCUGGGAGGGCUGGGGGUCAGGGGCACCUCCCACCUCCGCUGCCGCUUUUUUGCACUGGAUUAAUGGAAACCAGAUUGUACAGCCGGCAAAGAGCCUGGAAGUCAAAUCCUGCUCCUGGAGUCCCUCCAGGUCUCCUGCACAAAUCCUGGGAACGGGCUCAGCCAUGGGCACGUGGUUGCUGCUCUUGGUGCUGCUGGCGGUGGCCCCGGCACAGGCGGCAGCGCCCCGGCACCGCCCGGUGCUGCCGGACACCGCGGGCAGCGGGGACGGGGAUGAGGCCUCAGCCACGCUGCCCGCCCAGCCCGUGACCCCCCGCAUCAGCCCCACGGCUGGGGACGCACCGGGGACCACGGUGACCAACAGCUCGGCCCCGGGAGUGCUGGAUGGGCUGGUGGAUUUCUUCAAGGAGUACCUGCUGCUGGUGGUGGUGGUGGGCUCGCUGUCCUUCGUCCUCCUCUUCAUCAUCUGUGCCGCCAUCAUCGUCAGGCAGAAGCACAAGGCCUCUGCCUACUAUCCCUCCUCCUUUCCCAAGAAGAAAUACGUGGAUGAGCGGGACAAGUCAGGGGGAGCGCGGGCGUUCAGCGAGGUGCCUGAGAAAGCCCCCGAGGCGGGUGCGGAGGAGCCACUGGAUGGCAGCCGGCAGCUCCAGGCAGACAUCCUGGCUGCUGCCCAGAACCUCAAAUCACCCCCCAAGGCACCACUGGCCAACGGGGCCCGGGCCGAGCAGAAUUCCCCUCAGGAGGAGGAGAAAGAAGAGGAAGAAAAGAAGUUGGGGGAUGAGCAACCCAAGCCCCCUGCCCAAAAUCCAGGUGUGGAGGAAGGGGUGAGCGCAGGAAGUAAGGAGACUCCUGAUGCAUCCCAAGUUGGCUCCCAGGCUCCCUCUGGAAUCUGAGGCAGGGACACAGUCCCAGGCAAGCUGAGGAGCUGCUGGCUUGGGACACACAAUGGACACGGUGGAUCAGGCUCUGUACAUACGUGGUGGUUCAAGGAAGCCUUGAUGAAGAUCCCAUUGCCCCCCCAUCUCCCCCGACCCUGGGGCUGAUGGAGGGAUUUGCCAGCUGGUGGUUUUCCCCAGCACUGGAACGCCGUCGGCCCCAGCUCCUGCUGCCCAAGGGGCUUCUCCCACCCCAGGCACUGGGUGGGUGCAUCCCCCCAGCUCCAGCUCUGCCCCCACUGUGCCACCAGCUUCCUCCCAAAUGCUAUUUUAAUCAGCAGCAGCAGCCUGAUCCGUGCCAGGCGCCUGGCUGGGAGCUGUGUCCCUCUGGGAAAAGGAAGGGGACCAGGGCUGGAGGUCUGUAGGACAUGGGUGAGCUUUGCCCAUGGCCACCCAAGGGAAAGAGGGAUGAGGAUCUAGGGACAAGGACCCUCCUUUCCUUCUUUUAUCCCAGAGCCCAGCUGGAUUUUUGCCUCACUUCCUGAUCUCCUUCAGAUAGAAAUAAACGUUCCCUCCGCACAGCUCCUCUCCUGUGUGUCUCUGCAGCCGUGGGGUGGCCAGGGGACAGUCCCUGUGUCCCUGUGCUCUUCCAGGGGCACAGCUGGAUUGGACUCCAGGGGCAGUGGAGCCUUGGGCAGGGUGUUAUCAGUCCCCACAUCAGCACAUCACGUGCCCUUCCAGGAACCCUUUAUCUUGUACCCACAGCUGUGGAGUCGAGGGGGGGGCUGUGGGGGACUCAGCCAUGGCUCUGGGGUGCAGCUGCUGCAGUGGGGACAGCAGGGAAGCCUGGAAGGUGAGAGAGGCUGUUCUGCCUCAAAAGCAGCACACCCCCACAUCCCUAUAACCUCCUGUGUCCCUGUUUUUAUCCCAUUAUGGCCCUGCCUCAGGACAACCUUCCCUUGGGUAGAGUGUGCCACCACAAGGAGCUGAUUUUGCCCCCAAGCAGAUGCGAGUGUGUGAAGUUUCCCGGAUUUUUUUUUUUAAAUUGGGAAAUAACAGGAUUGUUCCAUGAGGGAGAAGCACGUUCUGCAGAGCUGGAGGGUGCCAGGAGCUGAGGAACCACAAGAGGGACCUUGUGAGUGACAAAUGUGUGACCUUUGUGUUAAAAAUUACAAAUAUUGUGCCCAUAUGGAACAGAAUGAGAGAAUUUUUUUUU